ACAACAAAUUCUACUCGGACACGGCGCGCCAGUCCGAUCCUCGCUGCCUACAUCGCAACGACUAACGCCGACGCACCGUUGCAUAUAACGCUCAUGGCUUCCCGAAGACCGAGCCGCGCAACUGUUGCUACCCUGGCCACGCUGCGGCUGCCCCUGCUUGUGGCCCUCCAGCUGGCGCUGGGGCUGGCCGCAUCCUCGUGUCCCAAGAAGGACGCCCUGCGGCCGUGCAGCUGCUUCAGCUUCCACAACUACGUGCGCGUCGAGUGCAAGGACGUGGACCGGCGGGCGCUCAAGAACGCGCUCACGGCGCUCCGCGGCGCGUUCGUUUUCGAGUUCGAGCUGUCCAAGUACAACCUCAAGGACGUGCCCUCGGACGUGUUCAGCGGCGUGCGCGUCACCGAGCUGUACACGUACAUGGCCGACUUCACGAACGUCAGCAACAGUACCAACCUGUUCGACGGCUUCGACGACACCCUGACCAUGAUCGAGAUAAAGCGCGCCAAGGGACUCGAGCACCUGCACUGGAGCGCCCUGGGACGCCUGAAGAACCUGCAGCGGCUGCUCGUCUUCUCCUCGGACUUUCCCAGACUGGACAAGAGCUUCUCGCUCAUGCCCAAGAGUCUCACGCACGUCAUGGUGCAGGGUGGAAGCCUCGAGCACGUCGAUGAAGGCGCCUUCUCCGGCCUGGAGAUUCGGGACCUGGAGAUAUCGUUUACCAGGUUGGAGAAGAUCACCAGGAACGUCUUUCCUACGCCGGCUACCAGUCUCAGCGUUCUGUCACUCAGGCAUAACAGAAUCCGCUCUCUACCGGAGGACAUGUUUAGCGACAUGCCCGCCCUGACCCUGCUGGACGUGAGCAACAACUACUUGCAGACGCUCUCCGAGAGCUCCAUGGCGCCCGUGCUCAGGAACCUCAGGCUGCUGGAGAUGAGCAAUAACCAGUACUACUGCGACUGCAACCUGACGUGGGUGGGCCGGGCGUUCACCAACUCCAACUACCUGGACCGGUUCUGGCAGCGCAACGACAUCACAUGCAACGCACCGCCUCACCUGUACGGUACGGACGUUUUAACGCUCACGGACGAGAACCUGGCCUGCGCCAACCUGGUCCCACUCAGCAUGCACUGACACUAUCCUGUCGCUACUGAUGAUCGCCAAUGCCAGCUAGUCUUUCAUAGAAGACCUCCGCAGUGCGGCCAACGGCCGCCCGUGUGUGUAUUUAUAACUACAACGCCGAGUCUGCUGCUGAUCACCUUCCUGGACCGAGGAGUGCUUACGACAUUGUUCAGGACCGGACAUGCGAGUGCGCUCCCGCUGCAUCUGCUCGUGCACUCGUGCAGCUCCAAUUCUCGUGCGCUGUGUACAACAAACGGUGCUUCGCAAUACGACGACGCCGGUCAUGCAGUGUUGUAGUCGCGAGUAGUUUUGUGAACGAUACGAACAUCGGUGCCAAGAGCAGCUCGUCGUUCGCGGUUCGUGGAUCUGUGAUAGAAUAGGACACUGUGCCACAUCGCGAUGCACCAAGUCACCAUCGCAGCGAUGUUGAUCUGUCUCGCCACGUCAGCCGUUGAACUUUUCGCGCAUUGUAUGUAGACUUCGCGAUAUACUAUUCUGCGUCCCCCCCCUCCCCCUCCA